AUGGAAGAAACUAAAGGAAUCUCUGAUCCGGAGAAUGGGAGUUCGAGUUACGGCGGUAAACCGCCGAAUCCUCUCUCCUUCUCUUCUUCCUCUUCCUCUUCCUCUUCCGCCGCCGCCGCCUUAUACAGGCAGACCUUUGACGGCGACCGCUAUAUGGCGCCGCCCAAGUCGCUUGUUCGACACCCAUCUCUCGUGAAGACAAAGGUGUCAGAUUUAUCAGUUGAGAACGAGUUUGCUUUAGACAAGAGUGAGUUUGUUCCCUCUAUGCGUUCUGGAGCUUGGUCGGAUAUUGGCUCCAGGUCGACCAUGGAAGAUGCUUAUCUAUGCCUCGAUAAUCUCAUGGAUAGUUAUGGUCUCAAGGAUUCCGAGGACGGACCAACUGCCUUUUACGGGGUAUUUGAUGGACAUGGUGGGAAGCAUGCUGCUGAAUUUGCGUGUCACCACAUACCAAGGUACAUCGUUGAGGAUCAAGAGUUCUCUAGUGAGAUCAAUAAGGUGAUUUCUUCAGCGUUUCUUCAAACAGACUCUGCCUUCUCCGAGGCUUGUGCAUUGGAUGGGACCCUUUCAUCAGGAACUACUGCUUUGGCUGCUAUUCUUUUUGGGAGGUCGUUGGUUGUGGCAAACGCUGGAGACUGUAGAGCAGUCUUGUCUCGUCAGGGCAAAGCCAUUGAAAUGUCAAAGGACCACAAACCCAUGAGCUGUAAAGAGAGAAGACGCAUUGAAGCAUCGGGUGGAUACAUAUACGAUGGCUAUCUGAACGGGCAACUUAAUGUGGCUCGUGCCCUAGGGGAUUUUCAUAUGGAAGGCAUGAAGAAAAAGAAAGACGGUACUAACGGUGGACCUCUCAUUGCAGAUCCUGAGCUUAUGACAACUAAACUGACAGAAGAAGACGAGUUCCUCAUAAUGGGUUGCGAUGGGGUAUGGGAUGUGUUCAUGAGCCAGAACGCUGUUGAUUUCGCUAGAAGGAGAUUGCAAGAGCACAAUGACCCGGUUAUGUGUAGCAAAGAGUUGGUUGAAGAAGCUUUGAAGAGGAAGAGUGGGGAUAAUGUGACGGCGGUGGUUGUAUGCCUUCAGCCACAGCCGCCACCGAACUUGGUUGCACCGAGGUUGAGGGUUCAAAGGAGCUUCUCAGCGGAGGGUUUAAAAGAUUUGCAGAGCUACUUGGAUGACUUGGGCUGCUAA